GAUGAUCAAAACACCCGUGGAGAGGAGUGCGCUGCUGUUACACAAACAAUCAAACAAAUCAAGAUGGCGGCUCCCAUGGAAGAAAAUUCAGAUAAAGACGACGCCGAUAAUAUCUUGUACGACCUGCUAGUACUCACGGAAUGGCCGCAGGAACCAGAGACUUUAACAAAGGUCAUUGCCGAGAAGCCUAAAGGAUCCCUUGUUGGAAAGGCGUCAUCGGCUGCUUACAGGUCAGCAUGGACGUUCCUUCGAAGCACAGGAUUACCGUUAAGGACAUCUACUCCUUGCUCCUUGCCGGCAGCUCUCAUCAAGCUGAUCAAUGCACAGAUCAACUGGCAUAUGGCUACCACGAGCAAUGACCGAUUGCUGGCUAUCCUUGAAGACAGUUGUAUUGAGAUCCGAUCAGCCAGGGAUGACUAUACCACCAGUCUUGGCAAAUGCUCAAUCCCUAAGGACCCAUAUCCCCAAUGGAGACAGCUAGCCUGGAGUCCAGACUGCACCAUGCUAGCCUGUUCUGACAGCAGUGGCAACGUACGUGUUGUGGAUCUCAUGGGCAGCGUCUUGUUCACUAUAGACAAGACAUCUUCCAAGCAGCAGCUUCCAGGAACCCUGCUAGACCUGAGCUGUGCUGUGGCGUCGCUCAUCUUCACAGAGUACAAGAAAACAACCAAAUGGUCAGCUGAGUUGAUUGUGAUAACUUACCACGGCAGCCUCCAUAGCUACUUAGUCAGUCCAACAGAUGGUUACAUCCUAAACCACAGUUUCCAGUUUAGCAGCGAGCAUCCGUUGGGCGUCAGUAGCGCUGUCUACCUGCCGACCCGCUCCUUGCUCCUGAUUGGCUCCUGCUCGCAGGAGGAGGGGCAAGAUGCGGUUACCAUGGCAGCAAGACAUGGCAUCAGCGCGUGGAGGAGGCUGGAUGAGGAACCGUACUACAAGCUGGUGACUGACUACUCGGAUGAGAUCAAGAAGUCUGGAAGUUCCCGUCGUCUGCUGAGGAAGAUGACAUCAAUUUCAAUAUUCAACAGAACAGACAAAAAGGACGGUAUCUACAAGAUGUGCACGUCACCGGACGGUCAGCAAUUGGUCACCGUUCAGCAAUCGGGCGUGGUUGCACUGUGGGACAUACCAUCUCUCAAGAAUAGGGGGAGCUGGUCUCCCGAAAAUCAGCCCGGUUAUGAUGAAAAGAAUCCAAACAUUCUGAUUCCAUCCAGGAAGAAACCAGCCGAAGGCCUUCCUUCCCCAAACUCUUUGAUCGACAUCAACUUUUGGUCACAAAAGGCUUUGAUCCUGGCUAGGUAUUCAGGCGCUGUGGCUGUGGCCUCCACCAGGCACCUGACUAAUCUCCUGGGUGAUUCCAGUGAAUGGUUUGAGCCGGCACCAAGGGUCAACAGAGCCUCAGACAAAGGCUUCCUGUCGAUUGAGUGUGAGAGUAAAACCUCAGCCUUGAAGCGUCGCCGCAUUCCAUCUGAUCGCGACCAUGACGACAGUAAGAACCAAUCUCCUCAAGACGAUGAAGAUGACGACAGUGAUGAGGACAGCGAUGAGGAUGCUACUAUGCUCAUGAGGAGCACUAAACUCAUGAAACAGGCGAUGUAUUUUGUCACAGAGAGUGAGAGAUUUCAGCCACCAAGAAAACGCCCCAAAGUUGUUAGUCGAACCUAUCGUCUCGUGAGUCUCCAGAAGACGACACCAGAAGAGCUAUAUGCCAGAAGGAUUGAGAAUGAGGAGUAUGGUGAAGCUCUGGUCUUGGCGAGACGUUUCCAUCUUGACGCUGAUCUUGUUUAUCAGAGACAGUGGAGAAAGGCUCGCGUCUCUAUCGCAGCGAUACAGGAUUACUUGAGUAAGAUCACCAAGCGUGCCUGGGUCCUCCACGAGUGUCUGGAGAGAGUCCCUGAUGACAUUGACGCAGCGAGAGAGCUCCUUCAGUACGGACUCCGAGGCACUGAUCUGGAAGCGCUGGUUGCCAUCGGAAAGGGGGAAGAUCACGGAAGGUUUAUAUUAAGUUCGGAUGUCGAGGGUGAUGAUAGCACGGAGCAUGUAGAUGAAGAUCACUCCAAGGAAACAGAACAAGGUCCAUCUAACAGAGAGAAAAGAGAACUACUGAUGCAACAGGUCAACUUCAAAAGUUUGACCCUUGAGCAGAGAGAGUUGUGUCGAUGUCGUCUCAAACUGUUGACGUAUCUCGACAGACUCAGAACAUACGAGGUAAUACUAGGGGGCGGAGAGGCUGCAGCCAGAUUUUACAGCGAUCAUUUCUUCAAGACGUUCCGCUCUCAGAAUAUUGUGGAAGCAGCUGUGCAAUUUGCAAGGGAUUCUGAUUGGCAGGCGGUGGAGACGCUGUUUACUCACCAUGGCAACGACCUCUUACCUCAUUGGUUGAUGAUUCUCAACAACUUCCCCGAGACCACCACGCCAACGGAGUACAGCAGUCUUCUCCCUGAAGCGAGUACUAAUGCUGAGAAUGAGGUCUUGGAAUGGGAGGUGGCGGAGAGGCGUCCAGAGGAUUGGUGCGAAGGGCGCCAAUGCCAGGCUGCUAUCAACCCAACCCCCGUGGACUAUGGGGCCUUCCUGUAUGAGGAACAACCUGAACUGGCUCAUUUCAGGGCCGGCAAGUUGAAUCCAGCACUCUUAACUGACUGGUACAUUUGGAGGGCAAAGAUGAUAGAACGGCAGUCAUGUCAGGUUGACAAUGCUUUGGAGCUCAUUAAUCUUGCACAGGAGAAAAACAUUGAGGGCCUUGAUAAGUUGCACGGUGACCUUUUGACCUUAGAGGUCAUGACCUAUGAAUGCCAGACGGAAGCAAGUAUAACUUUGGCCGGCCUCCAGUCCAUGUCUGACCUGGACAAGAUCCAUCUCAUGAUGAGCAAGGUAAGCUAACACUUUUUUGCAUUGAUCCCGGAAGUCUUGGGAAUGGCCAUUGUAUUUCCAUAAGGUCUGGAAAAACUUACGGAAGUCUCAAGGAAACCUACUGAUGUGGAGAAUCUGUUUUCACUAGUU